AUGCUUCUCUUUCAACAGACAAAGCUUCUCAACAAGAAAUUACUGCUGCUUGUUGCGGCGGGGAGCCUGGUAUUCUUUACUGCGCUUUUAUUUACCCUCCAUCGACCCGGAUACUGGAGAAACUCCCGGACUGCUGGCCCUUAUACUCAACAAAAGGACGUUGACAAUCUGAAUGAUGUUUUCAAUUCUACUCUCGGAUUUGAGCGAAUAUAUGUUGUUAAUCUCCCCUCACGGACUGACCGGCGUGAUGCCAUUGUGUUGCUGGCUGCUGUCACUGGCAUCAAACUCCACUGGGUUGACGGUAUUAGGGGGGAGAACGUUGUGGAUAAGGCCUUACCACCACCUGCAACACACCAGUAUUUCAAGGCUGCAAAUAUUGGGAGCUGGAGGGGUCAUCUCGAUGCACUUUCAGAGUAUAGCCCAGCCCCCCCCCCCCCCCCCCCCUCCAACUGCACAACUUUGAUAUUUGAGAUAUCUAGUAUUGUGGAAAACAAUAUAAAUACUGCCCUGAUAUUUGAGGAUGAUGCAGAUUGGGAUAUACGCAUCAAAUCACAGCUUAGGGAUUUUGCACUUGCCUCCAGGGCUCUGGUCCAGCCCCUUUCAGGGGGAGAGCAUCUUGCGUAUGCGGACCCAACCUUCCUUGAUCCUAGAAAUUCUCCAGGAACGCUGAAAGAAAUCCAUAUAAACAACGAUACUAUCCCGCCUGUGAAUUCUCCCUAUGGAGAUAAUUGGGAUAUACUGUGGCCAGGCCAUUGUGGAGUAAAUUUUCCAGACCCUGCUCUUCGGGAUGUUGGAAAGGAUAUACCUAAGGGUCGAGUUAUCCAAAGGAAUGACCCCACGGUCCCCGAACAGAAGCAUCUCGUGCUCUUCCCGGGAAAUGAAGAGUUUAAAACAGUAUUUCCACCGCAUACAAGGGUGUUCCACCACGCAAUGACGCCCGUUUGCUCCCUUGUGUACGGCGUGACCCAGAAAUCGGCACGGAGACUCCUAUAUGAAUUUGGCGUGAAGAAGUUCAAUGCCCCUUACGAUCUUAUGCUCCGGGAUGCAUGUGAGGGUAUCCAAGGCCGUGUCAGAAAUAUUUGUGUGACAGUGCAGCCGCAACUGUUUAACCAUCACCGUCCAGCAGGGAAUGGUAGCCAUCUCAGUGACAUCGCAGUGCAUAAAGGUGAGAUGAUCGAACAGGCCUCUACUCAAAUGAUCCGAUGGAGCACGAGUUUGAAUCUCCCAAAACUUAUCUCGGGCGAUACAAACUAUGAUGAGCAGUAUCCGGAUAGCAACUAG